AUGGAUGCAGCUGAUCAGGUUUUGAACCAGUCUGAUCGUGAAGAUUUUCAAGAUAGGAUCAGUGACCUCCCCAGAAGUGUUCUUACUCACAUUUUAUCUCGCCUUACGACUAAGGAUGCAGUGGCAACGAGUGCUCUGUCUAAGACUUGGAAGAUGAAGUGGACGUGCAUUUUUAAUUUGGACUUCAACGAUACAUCCCUCUAUUCUCACAGGGUAAUAAAUAGGGAAAGAUUUGUUUCAUUUGUCGAAAAGGUACUUCACCACUGCGGGAAUUUGAGAAUUCGUGGCUUUCAUCUAGUAUGUUCCAAGAGCUACAAUGCAUGCCAAGUUACUAGAUGGAUUUUGACUGCACUGAGGCAAGGCGUCAAGAAUUUUUCCCUAGAUUAUCCAAGUGGAAACUUCUCAUUUCCAAGCUGUUUUCUAGGCUCGGAGUCAUUAGAGGAAGUGACGAUUUCAAUUCCUUGGACCGUUGAAAUUUAUCCAAUUACUUCAUUCAGAAACCUGAAAAUCUUACGUCUCACCAGAAUGAAGUUCGAGAACAUGGAUUAUCCUCACUCGACCGAACUAUUCUUCAGCUUCCCAGCCCUGCAUACAUUUUGCAUCCGCCGCUGCACCUGGAUGGGGAUAAAUGUCAUUAAGAUCGAAGCUCCUUCUCUGUCAAUCUUUGAGGUAUGUCGGUGCAGGUAUGGGAAAGGAGAUGAAAGUUGUGAAAUCCAGAUUUUAGGAGGAGCCCCCAACCUUUCACAUGUGAAAUGGGCUAGUAAAGAUUUUCUUGAAAACUUCGUUCUGCCAACCCCUUCAUCAGUUUCUAAAGCGGUGCUCGACCAUUUUAAUGUACUCGAAGAUCUCUGGGUAGCUGGAAUUGGAGCUGUGAAGCUUUUGUUACUAGUGUCUAAUAUUACCCGUCUUGAGCUUUCCAUUGAUAUGGUUGAGUCAAAUAUUGCUUGGAAGAACGACGAUUAUGAACUAAUAGGGACAUUGCCUCCGUGCGUCAUGUGUCGCCUUAAAAAAAUUGAUCUCACCUAUGGUUUUGGGGCCGCAAUAGGGUUUCAUUUGAUGAGACUUCUACUGCAAAAUGGGCAUGAUCUUCAGCUGAUGAGUGUCCAUCUUCCUAAACUUUCCAGAUGUGCUAAGAAUCAGAUCAUGUUGAAGUUGAUCAUGGCUCCCCGAGCAUCUCCAUAUGUACGUAUUCAUACAAGUCUGAUAGAUGAUGAUGUUAUCAUUCAUGAGCUUUGUAAUUGA